ACUCACUUUGAUUUGUAAUGUCGUUUGGGUCGAACGUGUCCGUUUCGCUGUCGAGCCUCAUCAGAUAAAUUCGCCUCUCGCCUGGCUGCUGCCGCCCCUGUGUGUCAUCAUCCAAGUAGCCAUCGCGUUUCAGAAGCUGCUGGUGCGUCCAUUACAUUGUGUACGAGGGCUCCACAGCCGCCAGGCCUGCUUAGUGAUUUUUGUUUGUUUGUUGGGGUUCUAUCGAGCAGAGUGCCGUGAGGGGAGAAAAGUUUUCCUCCGUAGCGCCAAAGCGAGGAUACCGUAGCAGCAUCCACUCUCAGCUGUUAGUGCGGUUGGGGGUUUCGAUUCUGGCUUACAAUCUUAUUGUUAGUUUGCGAAAAUAGCGACGAGAAGCAAAAAGUGCUGUAUGUGAUUCUUUUUCUCAAGGUGGUUCAGUUGUGAAGUGAAGGAAAAGAGCAGAAGGGAGUGUAGUAGCAGGAGCAGCGGUAGCGAAGCGUUACGGGCAGUGUGUGUAGAGAAGAUACAAGUUUGCUACAGCCCUGACUCUCGAGAAGCAGAGGGAAAAGUUGUGUAUGUGUUUUUCGGCUUUGUACGGAGAAUAGUGAGCAGCCGAAUUAAUAAUUUUUGCGAGUUUUGAACCGCGGUGAGCGUGAAUCCGAAGCAACAGAGCAACCUGUGCUGGUUAACUGGAAAGAAAGGAUAUAGGUAGAAGAAAAAACAUAAGAAGAAUAUAGCAUAAAACACGGUAGAAUUUUCACGAGUGUGAAGACGGGCAACCAGUGCGUUUUUUCAUAAUUGUGGAUUUGUGAGUGUUAGGAGGAGACAAGGAAAAAGUGUACCGUCAUCAUGGCUGACGAGGAGAAUACCUUGGACGAGAUGCCCAUGGCCGAGAAUAAGUUCGGGAUGCGAAACCGCGGCCGAAAAGGAGCGCUCAAGAAGAAGAACGUCUAUAAUGUCAAAGAUCAUCGCUUCAUUCCGCGCUUCUUCAAGCAGCCCACGUUCUGCUCGCACUGCAAGGAUUUCAUCUGGGGAUUCGGCAAGCAAGGCUUUCAAUGUCAAGUUUGCUCCUUCGUCGUCCACAAACGAUGCCACGAGUACGUGACCUUCAAGUGUCCGGGUGCGGAUAAGGGAGCAGAUUCAGAUGACACUCGCACGAAACAUGAGUUUAAAGAAUCGACUUAUUCAAGUCCUACGUUUUGCGAUCAUUGUGGUUCGUUACUGUACGGUUUACUUCACCAAGGGCUUAAGUGUACAGCAUGUGAUAUGAACGUACACAAGCGGUGCGAGGAGAGCGUGCCGAAUUUGUGCGGCUGUGACCACACCGAGCGACGAGGGCGCAUCCAGCUGGCCACUACGCACCAGGCAAACAAGCUCAACAUUUUAGUGAAACAGGGGCGCAACUUGAUUCCAAUGGAUCCAAACGGCUCCAGCGACCCGUACGUCAAGAUCAAGCUCAUUCCAGACGCGGACAACGUGAAGAAGAAAACCAAGACCAUCCGGGCAUCACUCAAUCCGGUGUGGAAUGAGACCAUUUUCUUUGAUCUCAAAGCCGAGGACAAGGAUCGUCGCAUUCUGAUCGAGGUGUGGGACUGGGAUCGUACCUCGAGGAACGACUUCAUGGGCUCGCUGUCGUUCGGUAUUUCGGAAAUUCUGAAAAAUCCCGUCGACGGGUGGUUCAAGUUGCUUACCCAGGAAGAGGGCGAGUACUACAACGUUCCAGUGCCGGAGGAAGGCACCGAUUUGGUUCAGUUGAAGAGUCAGAUGAGGAAAACAUCCAUAUCGAAGAAAGCACCUAUGACUUGCGACAAGGAUGUUCCUCACAACAUGGGCAAGAAGGACGUGAUACGGGCUACGGAUUUCAACUUCCUGAUGGUUCUCGGAAAGGGUUCGUUCGGUAAGGUGAUGCUAGCCGAGCGAAAGGGAUCCGACGAGCUGUAUGCCAUAAAAAUCCUUAAGAAGGAUAUCAUCAUCCAGGACGAUGACGUCGAGUGUACCAUGGUGGAGAAACGAGUACUCGCACUUUCCACUAAGCCACCGUUCCUAGUGCAACUACAUUCCUGUUUCCAAACCAUGGAUCGACUGUAUUUCGUUAUGGAGUAUGUCAACGGUGGAGAUCUCAUGUUCCAAAUACAACAAUGCGGCAAGUUUAAGGAACCGGUAGCUGUCUUCUACGCGUCGGAGAUUGCCAUUGGUUUGUUCUAUUUGCACACCCGUGGCAUCGUGUACCGUGAUCUGAAGCUGGAUAACGUUCUACUGGACCAGGAUGGACAUAUCAAGAUUGCCGACUUUGGAAUGUGCAAGGAAGGCAUCAUGGGUGAUAAAACUACGAAGACGUUCUGCGGCACGCCGGACUACAUUGCACCGGAGAUUAUUUUGUACCAACCGUAUGGCAAAUCGGUCGACUGGUGGGCUUACGGUGUGCUUCUAUACGAAAUGUUGGUCGGACAGCCUCCGUUCGACGGUGAGGACGAAGAGGAACUGUUUGCUGCCAUCACCGAUCACAAUGUGUCCUAUCCGAAGAGUUUAAGUAAGGAGGCCAAAGAUGUUUGCAAGGGGUUGUUGACCAAGAACCCACAGAAACGAUUAGGUUGUGGAGCGCGUGGUGAGGAGGACGUACGGGCUCAUGCGUUCUUCCGCCGUAUUGAUUGGGAAAAGAUCGAGAGCCGUGAAGUGCAGCCACCGUUCAAACCAAAAAUCAAACAUCGCAAGGAUGUAUCCAACUUCGACCGUCAGUUCACUUCGGAGAAGACCGAUCUAACACCAACGGAUAAGCUUUUCAUGAUGAACCUCGAUCAGACCGAGUUCAAUGGAUUCUCCUAUCUCAAUCCGGAAUUUGUGCAACACAUCUAAGGAAUUUAAUGUUUUUUGUUGGAAGAAGGCAGCAAUCAUUAGGCGGUCCCGAUCCCGGACCUGAUACCAUAGACUCGAAAAGAUAAAUACCCCUGCUCAACACAGAUUGAUUGAUAGCUAAGCUAGCAGGUGUGAAUCCAAAGAUGUGCGAAAAUCCCUUUUAAUGUGUAAGUGAAUCGUAAAUGAAUCUACUCUCUAGCAUGUUAUAUUUAAGCCACUUUUGCAAUGGCACUUCAACCGCUUUUCCAAAGUGUUUCUGAACUUGUUUCAGUCUUCCUCUCGAAAACAGAAAACCAUGUAAAACGAACAAAACACGACACCAAAAUGUAGGAUUUCGUUUUGCUCAGCUAUUCACUGGAAGCAGCUCGGCUUGUGCAUAAGAAACGAGGAGCACCAAGAUGGUUUGAAGUGAUUGACAAACCAGAAGCAACAUAUUUUCCCUCUUCAUUUUAAAUGCUAGCAGUUUCUGCUGGCAAACCUGUAGUGAAUACAGAAAAAAAAAUCAUCCAGGCCAAAUAGUCUCGUAGUACUGUUAUUUCUACUAAUGUGGCACCUUGUUAUAUACUAUACACACACACCCCUUUUAUAUUUAAAAGCGAAUACAAUGUGGAAACUUUUUGAAUUCUUAUAACAUAUACAAAAAGAAGAGUAAAAGAUUGAUUCUAUUUAAACCAUUGAUGUUGAAGUAUGAUAAGAAAACUGCAGAACACAUACUCAUUAGCGUAGCAGUGCUAGAGUUUGAACCACUUAUAUGGCACCAUUUCUACACCCAGUGGAGAAAACAGAACACAAAACACUCACACAUACACAUUCUCACACACAAACAUACGCGAAAGAAAAUGAAUCUUCUAUUACAAUUCCUUUGCCAAAGCGUUCUUUAACUGUCUUUGCAUAAUCUUCCACUUGCCUUCGAUAGUCCAUUUUACGAUAUAAACGGAGCCAGUUUACCUGACAGAACUGAUGUUGAAUUGAAAAUCAGCUCGUAAAAUGGUCUAUUGCGAGAAAAUAAAAUGUAAACAAAACAAACUCAAACACAGCCUACUGUGCAACGCGCGCUGUGGGGAGUGACAGUUGCACACAAAUCGCCACGUAGUGUGCGUUUCUGGGAAAAUGUUCUACCAAGUGCUUCUCAUUCGCCUACUUCUCUUGGUUUUGUGUUUAUUCUCAGUGUAUUUGAAAAAAAAAUGGUGGAAAAAUGUAAUCAGCUAGCUUGUUUAUCAGUUUACGAAUAGAAAAAAAACUUCCAUUCUUUAGUAGCAAUAAUUAUGAUAUUUAAGCGAUACGUCAUCUCGACUGUGUAUGACAUUAUGUAGGCAGAAGACAUAAAACACACAAAAAAAAAAGAAUAUAAAACAUUCAAAAAAUGAAACAACAAAAUUGAGCUUUAAUCUUGCACUUUAUAUUAUAUAUGAAUGAAGGGAAAAAUGUAAUGUAUAUUAUCCUUUUUACUUAAAUCAUACAUUUAGAAAAGUAAAUUUAACAUAUUAAAUCAUUAUUGUGAUAAUAGUGAAAUUCAAUCAUUUCAAAUGCAAAUGGGAUAGACGUCUUUUUCCCUGGAUAAAAAAAAACUACCGUGGCAGUAAUGAGUAACUUCCGGCGGUUUGGCCCCACCCGGAAGUUACCAGGUUACGUGUACACGUAAAGAAAAUAGAAGUCACACACACAUUUUGGAUGAAUCAACAAGAAUUGUAGAAAAUCUUUGAGAAUGAUCAUUAACACUACACACUACUUAUACGAGGUAAUUGAUAAAUAUAAAAAAUAAACACUCCUUUGAGCAUUAUCGUAAGGGAAACCAAGAGGAGGAAAAAAAUGAAUCUAUAACUCUAUUUAUCACAAGAACAACAGCAACAAAAUAUUCGUGUCGUAACUAACAGAGCAAAUAAAGCAAAACAUAAACAAGAAAAAAAUAUAUAUAUAUAUAUAUAGGAAGUCUCUCUUAGGCUAUGUAUAUCGUAAGUAAAACGACAUCAACGCAAAAUAAGCGGAAAAAGUCAGUCUAGUGAACAAACUAAGAGAAAAUUGAAUGAGGAUAACAUGGAAAAAUCUUACUAUAAUUUUGACAAUCUAAAUGUAGUUAAUCUAUAUAAAUGAAGAAAACAAGGAAGUAACCAGAAUAGCUUAGAUUUGAAAAUUGACUAAGGUAGUAAGAAGUGAAAUUUUACUGCUGACAACUGAAAGACAUUCCAUAGUCCCCUCAAGUGACGGUAGUAGAGGAACAAAGAAAACAAAAAUCUCGUAUUGAAACAAACUUUCUACAAUCUCCACAGAUGGAAGAGAACAAUGAGAAUUACCUUUAGAUAUUUAUUGAUCAAACCGCAAGAGCAAAAAAAGAAACGUAUUAUUAUAGUUGAAUGAGAUUAUAUACUCUAAUUUGCAUAAACGGAUUAAGUUGUGCUGAUUGCAAAGCAAGAUAGAUUUACGGAAAAAAAAUAAUAGUCACUAUGUUUACAUUAUAUCUGUUCGACUAGUUUUGUAAAUGUUGUUGUUAAAUUUGAAAAAUGUUCUUACCUACAUUUCUGCAACGUUCUUGCCACUAUUGGAAUACUUUAGGUACGUAUUAAAGCAAAAAGUAUUAAACGAAGGAAUACUAAAAGUAACACAAUGCUAAAGCCACCCUCGAGAAGAAGGGAUGCCUGACGAGGUGCGCCGAAACGUUGCCUUCGCUAGAGUUAGUAUGAAACUGAGAUAAUCUGUACCAUCAACGAAUCCCCACCUCUGUGUAGUACAGGGGUUCCCUCACGUACCGACUGUGCAAGUUUAGAUGUGCAAUAAGUUCUAUGGUCCUUUACUAAAGCUGAUUCUUUUCCCGAUCACAGUGGCACAGAACGAUGAUGGUAACCAAGCAACGUAAAGCCACCGUCAUCGUCAUGUUAUGUAGUUGACACAAACAUAACAAAACCCAUAGCUAGGUAACGGUUCGGCCUGCCACGAACGGCCACAGUGGACGAUAAUAACGAGCGGUCAAUAAUCUAAUGAAUCCGAAAGGUAAACAAAUAAAUGAACCUGAUAAAAGUGAGAAAUAAAACAAACGUUUACAAAACAAAUACUUAUAAAUAACAAAAAGCGUAAUGAGACGUGUAAGGAAAUUUCUAUUUCACCACUGCCUUAAUUUUUAAAUCUGUAACAAUUUGUGAGAAUCACGAGAUCAUACUCAUAGGAAAACACUCACACAUUACAAUAAAAAAAAAACAAUGCGAAACUACUACAUGGACGAUUGAGAUAACACAACAACCUAUCGCUGUAUUGGUAUCAGCAAAUUGAGGGAGAAUAUUCAAUAGACACAGAAGAAAGCACUACCCUAGAAUGCGCAUGCUGAAAGGAGAGAAAACCAAAUUUUAGCUACAUCUUUUACAUUUAUCUAUUUCGAUUUAUAUUCAAUGACAAAUAUCACAAACACUCACACAAAAAAACACUCGUAAAAAAAUUAAACAAAGAAAAGACACUCGAGAAAUUGAAGCAUUUUACAUUUCAGUGUUUCUGUUUUUUCACACCUCUAAUUGUUAUCAGAUUUCAUGAAUAUUGAUUGAAUUUAAGGGAUACACAUAUAAUAUUGAUCAAGAAAAACCAAACGAUACAUUAAGCAUACCCACGAGUAAUAUUUAACGGAAAAGAAAAAAAAACACAAUUCUCACUUGACAAAGUAAACCAAACAUAUUGAAAGGAACAGCUAGAAUGGCAAACAAAAAUGAACACGUUUUAGUCGUAGCAAACAAAAUUUUCUCCAGACGAACCAGUAAACAAUUUACUCACACAUCCUUACCAGAAAACAAAACAAAAAUAUAACAACACAGGUGUACAACAUGUCUCAAGAAGAGUGAUUUGCAGCAGGACACUGCUUUUUUAAGAUACAAUAAAUAGUAAAAUCUUGUCUCCUUUCGCCGCGAACUUACAAAAAAAAAGAAACCAUAAACACAUAACAUAAAUCUAACACCACCAACCGAACAACAACCACUCUCUCUAGUUAAAACAAAAAUAAAAAAAAAACAAGCAAUCAAUGAACAAAGCCAGCUUUGAUCAUCAACAAUAAUUCACGAA